AUGGCGGCGCACAAGCCGUUAUCGACGGGUGGGGAGGCGGGCUCAGAGUUCUCGGACGUCCCCGGCGGGGCGAAGAGCGUGACGACGAGGGUGAUGGAGAUGGGCGCGAGCGCCGUGCAGCAGUUCGGCCCCAUCCGCCAGAUCGGCCAACACCUCUGCGCGUUCCACUAUUAUGCCAACGACAUGUCGCGACAAGUCGAGGCGCACCACUACUGCUCGCACGUCAGCGAGGACGUGCACCAGUGCCUCGUCUACGACUCCGACCAGCCCUCCGCGCGCCUCAUCGGUGUCGAGUUCAUCGUCUCAGAAAAGAUCUUCCUGUCUUUGCCUGAGGACGAGCAGCGCAUGUGGCACUCGCAUGAGUAUGAGGUCAAAAGCGGGCUGCUCAUCAUGCCGGGCAUGCCGGCAGUAGCAGAGCUGCCUGUGAUGAGCAAGCUCGUGAAGACGUUUGGCAAGACGUGGCACUUCUGGCAGUUUGAUAGGGGAGACACACUGCCGCUGGGUGUGCCGCAGCUCAUGGGGGCGUUCUUUGCUGACGGGCAGCUGAAACCCGAACUGCCUAAAGCGGUUGAGCAGCGGUAUGGGGUGCAGCUGGAGGAGAGGCGGCAGCUGCGAGCUGACCUUACAGGCCCUGAGCUCGCUGUGGAUCGCUUAGCGCAGCAGUUUAAAAGGGGGAUGGGGUACGAGACACAGCUCAAGGAGUGCCAGCUGGACGGGCAGGAGAGGAUGGCAAAGGGAGGCGUGGGUGCCGCAAGUGUGACUGGUGUGGGCAGUGGUGGCAUGGAGCAUGUGGGGCAGGCAGGGACAGGCACUACAGACAGCGACUGCAAGGCCAGGAUUGGUGGCUGA